AUGCCAUCGAAUCAUUAUUCAAUAACAUCAGCAUCAUUUCUUUCGAAAACUAUUAAUAAGAAAGACAGCGACGACGAGCAGAUCGAAAAUUAUAGCAUGAUUUCUAAUGAUCACAUACCAUCAAUGACAUAUCCUAGUAAUUUAUCGAUGUGUACGCGUUUGCCAAUUUCAUCCCAACAACCGCAACAACUACAACAACACCCAUUGCUACUUGUUGCUGAAGAAGCAGAAAUGUUUGACAAUGAUAGUGAUAAACUCGUGUUACCUCGUUCAACACGUCUACUUAAACGACGAACGAGUCUGUUUGAGAAAAGUCGAGAUUGGGCACGCCGUCUUAUUACACUUCACCGUGCUCGUCGAAAUACGACUUCGAAUGAGAAAAUCCGUGAAACAUGUUGUCAAAUGAAUAAAACCCAUUCGCAUCAUGAAUUCUUGAGUCAUCAAUCGAAAAGCUUCGAUGAAGAUGGCUAUCUAUCACCUAUGGAAAUUAAAUCUAAGCUUGAUAAUCUUAACCACUCACAAACAACUCCUUCAUUUCACCAUCAUCAACAUCACCAUCAAUCACUUUCGAAAUUACCAACAAAGACCCGACAACAAUUAAUUGUUUAUUCUCACAGCAGUUCGGAUAUCUCCCAACCUGUUUAUCGCUGUCAAGGCCCAAUUACUCAACCAUCAACAUUACAAUGUACAUGUCAUCGACAACAACUACUAAGUACAUCGUCAACUUCCGAAUUUCACAAGUCUAUAUCCGUUGUUGAUUACAUUGACUUUGAUGUUUCUGAAGAGUCCUCUUCUUCUUCAUCAACAUCACCAUCCUCUUCACCUUCGAAACCAGAUGAUGAUCACGAUGACGAUGAUCCACUUUCUUGCUUGAAGUAUCUUUUUGAUGAAACUAAUAAAUCGUCAACUGCCAAUUUCGUUCGACGUACUCCACGUCGUUCAACGAAUACAUCAUCAAUCUCUGCCGAUUCUGGUUAUUGUGAUAUACCAAUGGCUUCAUCGAAAUUUAUUCCUGUACAUUUAAUAUCAUGUACAUUAAUACCGGUGAAUGUGACGAGAACAGAAUCUAUGGAUAUACGCUGCGUAACAUGUACAUGUCCGACAUCAGCGUACUUCUCCACGAAAACUGAACGUCGACGACGAAAAUCCUCGACGAAUUCAUCACGUUCACAUCUGCCCGGAACUUAUUCUCGACAAACUCCUUCCAAUAUGACAGAAAAUGACACUGCAAACCAUUGUUUAUGCAAUAAUAAGUAUUAUUCGACAAUGACAAUAUGUCCGAAAUUAUCUCUACCAUCAGUUAUCGGCGCUAAAUCUACGACUAGGAUUGAUGUCAAUCCAAUGGAUGACGUUUCUACUAAACAACAGAAGAAAAAAACAAAGAAAGAUCGGCCCAAUCCGUUAAAACUUUCAUCGACAGUCGAUGAUCUAACAUCAGUUUUACGUUGGUAUAAGCCAAACCUGUCGCGGGAAGUCAUAUGCCAAGUUCUUCAACAAGCUGACUACGGUGCAUUUGUUCUACGCAAGAGUACAACUCACCCUGAUUGUUAUGCUCUCUCUGUCAAAGUACCAAAAUUCGCUCAUGAUUCGAAUAUUUCGCACUAUUUAAUCGAAAAACUAAUGACAAACAAGCACACAUCGAGUUAUCGUAUUAAAGGAACGAUUAAACAAUUUCCAACGUUACUUUCGCUAUUAACACAUCAUUCAGUUAUGCCUGAAAUUCUACCGAUUACGCUUAAUUUGAACGAAGUACUUCCUGUUUGA